AUGGACUCUGGUGACGAGCGAGAUCCCCAUGACUUAUCUUUGUCCCCUAAACAUGCCGCUCGCACUUCUAUCGUUGACAAUAUGCUCCUGUCGCUGGACCAAUUUGCAUCCUCAAAUGCCUCCGUUCUGGAUGACUACCGUCUGUUCAAUUCCGUUUUCGAGUCAGAUCUAUAUGGCCGUUGCUCGCCAGAUUCUAUGACCCAACGUCGUUAUCGCGGCCAUACCUUUUCAUCGUCUCUGUCAUCAGAGCUAGACUACAACCCUGAUGAUGUAGCUAGUCGAUACGGGACUCAGCCGGGCAGGGCUCGUCGGAGCACUAGCAGCUCGAAUUACAAUUCUAACCUUAGAAGAUUCGGUAGUGCCCGCACCCCAGAAGGGCCAAGCUUACGCGGCCAAAUAUAUGAUCAUCGCUCCACCUCAGGAGGUGGUACCUCUGGGGUUCGCGGAACCAGACAAGGUAGUAAAGGGAGCUCCUCUUUAAACAUGGAUUUUGGCCCACCCCUUUCAGGAAAUCAUCGAGCGGAUUUGGCUACUGAGCGGCGUUCCGCAAGCUUCGACUUUGGCACUAGACAACCGAUCAUUCCGUUUAAGGAGGCUACGAUUGAUUAUGAUCCAAUAUCAUUCGACGGAGUUGACGCAGCCCCUACACCGAGUAUUCCUGGUGGACCAAGAAGGUAUAAAGUUUCAUCGCAAGGUGAAUAUCCCGGAAGUUUAGGUCCUCAGUCAUCGCGCACACCGGUAGCUUCUCGACGGAAUAGUGUGAAGUCGGCACGAACAAAAAGUACUGCAGCCAUGAGUGGCCGUGAAAAUGAUUUAACGCAACUCGGUGCGCCUGUUUUGGAACCUCCCCCGGCUAUACCGGCAGCUACGUUUGAUCCGCCGGCCCCAAGUCCUACGAUAUCAUUCAACAAACCUAUCUUUCCGACACCCUCUGAUCCAGCUCCGACCAGGGAACGUCCGGGUUUUUUUCGGCGUGUUUUUGGUUCAUCCAAAAACUCUACACCUGGCUCAGAAAACAAUCAGGUUGAUCUUGUAUUCUCCCAAGAUAACGAUCUACGGGAUUUCAAUAGUUCCACUACAAAUACCAAGGACCGGAGACAGCCAUUGAAGAGUAGCACGGCGGGUACCACUACGGUCCGUCAAGGGACCCAUCAAGUGGUGAAUAAGAAAUCUUCAUUCUUCCGCCGACGGAAAAGAUCGGUGACUGAGAACGCACCCCCUCCUAUUCUAAUUCCCCCAGAGUCUGGCUCAAGGCCACAUGAAGUCACAAAGCCACAGCCUAGCCCUGUGAGUAGUUUAAGGAAGGUGAUGAACCCAUAUCUUGCAGAUGCUAGCGCUCCAGGGCUGUUCCCUUCCAAAGAAUCCCAUAGCCGAAACAUAGGCAACGAUAAACAGGAGGACAAAGGCAUUGAUUCACCUGCAGAGAAAUCAAAAGAAAGUUUUCAUGCUGCAGGUAGAGUGCAGAGACCCAAAUACAGCCUUUACCCCGCCGCUUCCUCUAGUGCACGUGAUACAUCAACUCUGGGAAAUAAGGUCGGAGAGGAGGAUAAUCCCAAAGUCGAUCACAUGGAUUCUACAUCUUCAGCCAGUCCAGAACAGCUGAUUCCCAGGGAUGGCGUCGGUUCACGCGACAGUGGGCCAGACUCGGAGAGUGAUCGUGCAGGUGGUGUCCGGAACAGGUUGACGCCACAAGACCUUAGUGUUCCGUCACUAUCGCCCGUCGUUGAGCGUUUCUCUCAAAAGAGUGUGUCGCCUAUAGAAAGUCCCGAGGAGACACGUACGAUAAACCCAGGGGAGCCGGAAGGAAAAGUUAAGCAUCAGAGCGGACCCAGUCUGUACGACCGCGAAGACGAAUCCAGCCCGAAAUCGCCUCCUGUUGAUACCAGUGGCUCAUUAAAAGUAUCGACAUCAAAUAUCUCGAACUAUUACACAGCUUCCAGCACACCCGUGGUCUCUCCGGUGGAAUCAAAGUCCGCUGAAAUACCGGAGAGUAAAGUUGAUUGCAUUGAUGACAUCCCGGAGUAUCAACCAGGAGAUUCAGAAAAAGAACAGGCUCACAAGCUCUACGACAGUCAAGAUCAAGUUGUGGGAAAUGAGCCGGCUGCUGCAUGGCUCGGUGACCCGGACCGCGCUACGAUUCGCAAGGCAUACAUGGAGUUUUUUGACUGGUCCAAUAUGAAUAUAUUGGCAGCCCUUCGAAGUCUAUGUAACCGGCUUAUAUUAAAGGGAGAGACACAGCAGGUUGAUCGAGUUCUAGAUGCGUUUUCCAUACGAUGGUGUGAGUGCAACCCUAACCAUGGGUUCAAGGCUUCAGAUGUUGUGCACACUAUAUGCUACUCCCUUCUUCUGUUGAACACCGACCUUCACCUUGCGGACAUUGAACAGAAGAUGACCAAAGCCCAAUUUGUUCGAAACACGAUGCCCACUAUACAUCGCGUGGCCUUCGACGCGGCCCCGGAUGGGUUUGAAGCACUUCAUGUAGCUCACAAUAAAUCGAAAGUGUCGGCCCGGGAAUCUCUGACGUCCCCUAUGGAUGAGCCCGAUCGUGGGAAUAUGACCGCUGAUAAGCCAACAAAUGCGCCAGCGAAGCUCGUGAACAGACUUUCUCGGACUGAUCUCUCCGUCAAAUUAUCAGGUGAUCCUGAAACUAACACAGGCCCGUUGGUAAAUGUGCCAUUUAAUGGAACCGAAAAAGCCUGGGGCCAGCAAGUUGAAACCGUUCUGAGGGACUUUUAUACUUCGAUACAGAAGCAGAGGCUCCCCCUUCAUGGUGCUCAAGUAGAGAAAGAGGCGUCUCGAAUCUCAUCGAACCAUUUAUUGUCCCCUAAUCCGAGUGGUUUGCGCAGAAGCCCCAGCACCGUGAGCAGGAGCGGCUCCGACAUCUACCCACGGGGCCGCUCAGCCGACUCCCGCUGCGGCACCGCGCGCUGGUCUUCCAAAAACCGGUCACGGGCGAGAUUAUACCCCCCUUCCGUCAUGGGUUCCAGCCGAACCAGUCUGGAGGAGCAGUCGUCUUUCUGGAGUCCGUCUGCCUCCAGUACUUGGAGUAAGCAAUCUUUGGGCAAGUUAACAUCUGUCUCAGUAGACUCAUUCGGAUCAGACUAUAUGCGUGGCGACUAUCAGCAAUCUAUUGGAUUCGCUAAUGCACUAAGUCAUGCGAUAAUCCGGGAGGACUCUGCCUAUUCCAUCGCGAGCACCGAGGAGAUCGAGGGAACCAUACCGCUUCUGGAAGACGAGACUCUUCAACUUGCUGGCGCUCCUUGGGCCAAAGAAGGGAGCCUAAAGCAUAAGCAACACUUGGAUUCGGCUGAUAGGAGGGCUAAGGACCGAAACUGGAACGAAUGCUUCGCUGUGAUACAACAGGGUUGGAUGCGGCUGUUUUCUUUCAAUUCGUCCACGAAGUCCGUUCGGCAUAAGUCAAAGCCCCACUCACAUGGUGGAGUAGUGGUGGGAGGAGGGAACUGGACAGAGAAUGCUGAGGAGAUAAGGAAAUUUCUCCUACGUCAAACCCUCGCAAGCGUACUUCCAUCCCCCGGGUACUCUAAGUCCCGCCCGCACGUCUGGGCUCUGAGUCUACCUAAUGGCGCGGUACACCUCUUUCAGGCUGGCACUCCGGAGAUCGUCCAUGAAUUCGUCUCUACAGCUAACUACUGGAGUGCGAGGUUAUCCAAAGAGCCUUUGGUUGGUGGAGUUAGCAAUAUGGAGUACGGCUGGAGUGAUACGGUCAUCAACAGUGCCUUGAUAACGACGGAGAACAACAACAACAACAAUAGGUCGCCACCGUCCUCGUCUGGGGCACGACCUAGCAUUCAAAGUUCUAUCCGGAGCUCUAUUGACCAGCAAGGCGGUGUACGACCCAGGCUUCCAGCCGAUCGAGUAAACAUCAGCGACUGGGCUCCGCCCCAGCAGAGUAUGGUCGCUUCAAACUUACCUGAAGCUGACCAACUGAAGGCUUUGCGAAAGUAUGUCAAGAAUGUUGAGGAUGAACUACAGCGACAUAAUGAGCUCCGACCGGCCAUGGUUCUGGCCUUUUCUCCCAGGCAUCCGAAUGCCACAAAGUCCAUGGCCAACUGGGAGCGUAAAUCAUCGUACUUGCUGCGAGAAAAUGUGAAGUUUCGCACAUAUAUUGAGACUCUACAAAGGGCACUCGACCUCAAAAACAAAAUAUAUGCUUCCCGCGAGGAGAGCUCACCUUCCACAUAA